UAGAUUCAUAGAGUUUUCCAUCCCAAAAAUUCAAAGGUCUUCCAUUUUGUUUUGGUCAUACAUAUAUACCCUCCAACAUGAAGCAAAAGAUAUUAGUGAAGGUGCAAAUGCACUGUGACAAAUGCAGAACCAAGGCGUUGAAGAUUGCAGCAUCUGCAUACGGUGUGAGCAAAGUGUCGAUAGAAGGAGCAAACAGGGAUCAUGUGGAGGUGAUCGGAGACGGUGUGGACUCGGUUUGCGUGACGGAGUUGCUAAGGAAGAAGCUUGGCUUCGCGGCCAUAGUUAAAGUUGAACAAGUGAAAGGAGAUAAAAAAGAGGAAAAGCCAACUGCAAACUAUGUACAGUAUUGUGCUCCGCAUCGUCCUCCAAUGUACUGUGAAGUGGUUCGCGAAUAUCCAGAGCCAACUUGCUCUAUCAUGUAA